AUGCCCUGUCCGGGAAUCGACAAGGCGGCUAUCUAUAGUACGGAUCCACAGUACGCCAACUCGCCAUGUGCUAGCUCUCAGGGUUUCACGGCCCAGCCGAACGAAAUCGCCUUCAUCCUGAGCUCUUUCGCAGAGACCAAGGAUGAUGAACCAAAGGAAGUACAAACAAAUGGCUUCUACUAUGCCGGCGAGAAAUAUUUCUUUGUAAGAUCGGACAAGGACCCGGAUUGCCUCAUUGGCCGAAAGGAAAAGGAGGGUAUCGUUAUCUACAAAACCGCCUCUGCCCUCUUUAUUGCCCACCACCCACCGAGUGCUCAGACUCCAACUGUCAACGAGUACGUGGAUGGAUGGGCCAGAUAUUUGAUCAACGCUGAGAAAGCUCAGGGUUGA